GUUGUCGUCCAAGACGUAAACUGCGCAUGCUCUAGUCUUAUUUUCAUCACGUGCAAUGUCAUCUGACGAAUGACCAACAAAGCAGGAAAUUAAGAAAAUAACCGACAGAGAAACAACCAUAGACAGUUAAAGAAGACAACCCAAUGGCAAUCAGCACAAUUUAUUUUAGUCAGUCAAAAAUUAGCCUUUCAAAGUUUUGUAACGGAAUGCAUAAUUUAUUAAGGCUGUGGAUGGUCUGCGUUUCUCUUUUCACAAACCAUGGAUUCGCCGGUAAAAUGAAGAUAGUCGAGGAGCCAAACACAUUUGGGUUGAACAAUCCUUUUCUGGCUCAGGGAAGCAGACUCCAGCCUAAAGUGACCCCAUCUCCAGUGUCUGGCCCCACACAUUUUCAUCAGCUUGCUGGGAAGUGCUUCAGUCUCACAGAGUCAACGUACAAAUAUGAAUUCUGUCCAUUUCAUAACGUCACCCAACAUGAGCAGUCAUUUAGAUGGAAUUCCUACAGUGGGAUCCUGGGGAUCUGGCAGGAGUGGGAAAUAGCAAAUAACACUUUCACGGGCAUGUGGAUGAGAGACGGGGAUACUUGUGGAACCAGAAACAGGGAAACAAAUGUGAUUUUUGUCUGCAGUGCAAGCAGCAAGCUUGCUCAAGUCUCAGAGCCCAGUACUUGUGUGUACUCGCUAACCUUUGAGACUCCACUUGUUUGCCAUCCACAUUCCCUUUUGGUGUACCCGACACUGAGUGAGAAGCUCCAAAGGGAAUGGGAUGAAGCUGCGCAGGCUCGUUAUGAAGGUCUCAUUACGGAGCAGGGAUACAACAAUAUUUUAAGGGAUAUUUUUGACGACGCUGGUCUCCUGAAGAGCCAAAAAGUGAAGAUAAAGCUGCCAGAAGUUGCAGCUGAUUCAGGAACACACAACUCUUUACAGAAAUGUACAGAGGAUUUCCAAAAACAGAGAGAAGAGAUUGAGAGACUGCACACUCUCCUCACUCAACACAAUAUUACCUACGAUUCAAAGCAAAAUGAAGCCAAAGGCACAGCGAGUGCGACAGUUAAGGACCAACAUCUACGGGGAGACAACGGCCUUUUUGUUCGGCAGUAAAACAAAAACUCUCUCAGAUCAAGUCCCCUCCUCCAUUUAAAAUCACCUGAGUGCAUGUGAAGAUUUUGUUGAUCAGUGUAAGCGACACGGACCAUCACUGGACAAUAUUGCUGUACCUGGUGACGGCACUAAAUGUUAAUUUAAACAAAUGCCAGAGAAAAACGGAACUCAAAUGUGGAUUAGAAACUUUUGCAGAGCUUUUUUUCCCUCCCAACACUUUCGAGGACUUUUUAUCAGUCUCGGUAAUAAAUAACAUUCUGCAAACACAUUGAGAAGAAACUUUUUUUAAAUAAAGUUUCAAGAGGGGGAAAAGUUUAAUGUAUUUGUUUAAACAUUUAAGUCUUCAGCAGGUUAACACAUGUUGCAAUUGUAAAGUUCCUUAACACUUUUACAGGUGAAGAUUUGUACUGUAUUUGAUUGGCGCACUGAAAACUACAAACCUUUUACUAGGUAGGAGACACUAUGAAAAAACAUCCAUAACAUAAAUAUUAUUUUUGAUUUUCUAAUGGACAGGACAUAAAGCAUUUUAUGA